CUUGUAUUACCUAUGUACCUAUUAUAGUAGGAAAUGAGGGCAGUUAUGCUGUAGAGGUGGAUAGGAAUGCUGUGUCGGUGGUGUGUACUGGUCCGGCGUUGACUACCAGAGAAAGUGUCACACCUGUUAACAUAAUGGACCUUAAUUAUAAUUUGAAUGCUAAUCUCAACAGUUCUGGUGGCUACAACAUCAUGCCAUCACAACAGAACACUGCUGGAACAUCAAUGUGGAUCGGAAGUUACCCGUCCCAGCAGCAGUUACAGCAGUUGUCUGGCCAGAUGGCGACCAUGAACAUUGCUGACACAGGGACGAAUUAUUUGGAUACAUACAUGGCUCUGUCACAACAAAAUGGACUGGGUGUGCCUGCUCACACACCCAAUACGGAUUUUUAUGUGACAUCUGUUCAGCAGGCUCCCACGGGUGGAAUUAACACGACAUUGGCGAACAGUAAUAAUGGUAUGGAUCUACAGGCAGCUACGAGACUUGCCAACCAACAAUUGUCACCAACGUUAGGUAUUGAAAUGGCACAAGUUCAGAUGAUGAGCACUGAACAACAAGUGGCACUGCUGACCGAAUUACAGCGUAAAAACGCAGCAGCUGGUCUACUUCCACCCCAGUUCCCCCCACCCGCGUAUCCAACUAACCAGCAACCACAGUUCCCAAAGCAGUAUGUUGUGUCGAGUACCAUAAGCAGUAGUUCUGCUCCAAUGUCGCCUUCUUCCACGGGUUCCAGUUCGGCUCCCCAGACUCCAACGUCGGAGAGAUACGGAACGACGUUGGGUGUCAAAUCCAGCUCUCCCGAAAGCACCGGAAGUAAUCUACAUCAGCGGUCUUUUACGAUUUCUGAAACGAGCAGCACUACGUCAUCAACAUCAGUGCCUGGAUCACCAACUUGUGGUCUGUCAUCUUUUAAUGAUGACGUCAUAGACUCGCCACGAUUUCUCAGGUCACCGUCAAACCCGGAUACUCCUUCAAAAUCUACACAUGCUCCAAUUCGUUCGAAAUCACUAAAAUAUGAUGUAAGAUUUCCACAGGAUAAGUGCCACAAAUGUUUAAAGAAGGUGUAUAAGGUAGAAAGUGUGGGCCCUGUCAAAGGCGCAGUGUACCAUAACACGUGCUUUACAUGCAAGACAUGUAAAACCAAAUUAACACUAAAGAAUUAUUAUUUGAGCCAAAAUGAUAAGUAUGACGUUUCUGUUUAUUGCAAAUCACAUCAACCAACUAUAGCGGACAAGGGAGGCCAUCUUGAUGCUAACUCCAUACUUAUCAAAGGAGCCAUGAGUGUGCCCAAACUCGAUAAAGUCAAUGAGCAAAUCAAGGUUAACAAAAAUAGCAAGUACCACAUGGACGCGAACUCGCUGGACAUUUCUCAUGCGCGAAACGUACCCGCCACUGAUUUACAGACAGGUAAUAAGGUCAAGGCCAAAGCGUGGAAGAAAAAGGACAGAGCAAUUGACAUAGUCCCUCCACGGGACGUUAUACGUCAUAGUGAUCUAGUGCCAGAGUAUGACGUAGAGGAAUACGAGCACGCGCUUGUGGAACAGCAGCCGGACUACCAUUGUUCGCGUCACUAAGGUGCGGUAAAUGUGCUGAGAUUCGAUGUGGUUAUAUCGGCCUUGUAUAUGGCAUAAAACAUCACUGCCAGGUAACAUUUUGCCCGUUAUAUCGUUUAAAUGUGGUACGUAUUUUGUAUCGUGCUUGACAGUUCCGCGUAUCGGGUAUAUUUCACAUAUAUAUUGAUAUAUAUAUAUAUAUAUAUAUACCUCUCUAAUUCCUUAUCACAGCGGUAAUGUGACGUUGGUUUAGGGUAUUGUAUUAUUUAUUUAUGAAUACUUUAUACUAUAUUGAAGUACUGCCUAUUGUGUAAACUGAACGCACGUGCUUUCAUUUUGGACAUGUUGGACAAGUACGAAUGUGCACGGAACUGAAUAGCGGAAGUGACGUUCAAUAUCAAACACUAAAAUAUGAAUACUCUAUUUAUACAAAUCAAAUUAACUCAACACUUUUCAAUCAAAAUUGGAUACCGGUUCUUCACUGAAUCAGCACCAUUUUAUGUUCAUAUUUACAAAUACUCAAUCAUUCCGAUAAUCCAUCAGUAUUUUCCCGUCAUUUGUACAAUAUACCUCUGUUAUCAACUGUCCUACUAAUUCUCAAUAAAACCUGUACCAUGCAAAAUAAGGGAGCAUGCCCCAAUUAUUUUUGUGGAUAUGUUUUUUUGUGCGGACGCAUUAUGUAAUCUGAUUAUCUGUGUGGACUGUGUACAUUGAUCUAGAUUUGUGUUGACUGUGUACAUUGAUGAUCUGUGUGGACUGUGUACAUUGAUGAUCUGUGUGGACUGUGUACACUGAUGAUCUGUGUGGACUGUGUACACUAAUGAUCUGUGUGGACUGUGUACACUGAUGAUUUGUGUGGACUGUGUACACUGAUGAUUUGUGUGGACUGUGUACACUGAUGAUUUGUGUGGACUGUGUACAUUGAUGAUUUCUGUGGACUGUGUACACUGAUGAUCUGUGUGGACUGUGUACACUGAUGAUUUGUGUGGACUAUAUACACUGAUGAUCUGUGUGGACUGUGUACAUUGAUGAUUUCUGUGGACUGUGUACACUGGUGAUCUGUGUGGACUGUGUACACUGAUGAUCUGUGUGGACUGUGUACACUGAUGAUUUGUGUGGACUGUGUACACUGAUGAUCUGUGUGGACUGUGUACACUGAUGAUUUGUGUGGACUGUGUACACUGAUGAUUUGUGUGGACUGUGUACACUGGUGAUCUGUGUGGACUGUGUACACUGAUGAUUUGUGUGGACUGUACACUGAUGAUCUGUGUGGACUGUGUACACUGAUGAUCUGUGUGGACUGUGUACACUGAUGAUCUGUGUGGACUGUACACUGAUGAUCUAGAUUUGUGUGGACUGUGUACAUUGAUGAUUUGUGUGGACUGUGUACACUGAUGAUCUGUGUGGACUGUGUACAUUGAUGAUUUGUGUGGACUGUGUACACUGAUAAUCUGUGUGGACUGUGUACACUGAUCUAGAUUUGUGUGGACUGUGUACACUGAUGAUUUGUGUGGAAUGUGUACACUGAUGAUCUGUGUGGACUGUGUACACUGGUGAUCUGUGUGGACUGUGUACACUGAUGAUUUGUGUGGACUGUGUACACUGAUGAUCUGUGUGGACUGUGUACACUGAUGAUUUGUGUGGACUGUGUACACUGAUCUAGAUUUGUGUGGACUGUGUACACUGAUGAUUUGUGUGGAAUGUGUACACUGAUUAUUUGUGUGGACUGUGUACACUGAUGAUCUGUGUGGACUGUGUACAUUGAUGAUCUGUGUGGACUGUGUACACUGAUGAUCUGUGUGGACUGUGUACACUGAUGAUUUGUGUGGACUGUGUACAUUGAUGAUCUGUGUGGACUGUGUACACUGAUGAUCUGUGUGGACUGUGUACAUUGAUGAUCUGUGUGGACUGUGUACACUGAUGAUCUGUGUGGACUGUGUACACUGAUGAUUUGUGUUGACUGUGUACACUGGUGAUCUGUGUGGACUGUGUACACUGAUGAUCUGUGUGGACUGUGUACAAUGAUGAUUUGUGUGAACUGUGUACACUGAUGAUUUGUGUGGAAUGUGUACACUGAUGAUCUAGAUUUGUGUGGACUGUGUACACUGAUGAUCUAGAUUUGUGUGGACUGUACACUGAUCUAGAUUUGUGUGGACUGUGUACACUGAUGAUCUAGAUUUGUAGAUUUGUGUUGAUAUAUUGUGUGUAAGAGUUUUCAUGUCAGCUAGGUUUCAGAGCGGUCUAACCCUUAGAUAGAAUUUCACUGUACGGACAAACUAAUACGUUCGGACUAAAAAGGUUUUAAAAAACCAGCAUUUCCGAAAUACUAAUUGUUGUACAAAGUUGUUUAUCCUGACUAGACAGGUUUUACCCUACCGGGGCUUUCAUUUGACCCAAGAGAGUGAGUUUUAAAUGCUUUGAAUAUUUGACUCUUUUGUUUGCAAGGACAUGUAUAUUUCACAUGUGCUAGAUCCUUUGUAUUUGACUUCUUAAAACCAAGGUUCAGCUGAUAUGUUCGGAUUGUCGAGGUGUCUUUGUGUGUAGACUACCCGGUUUUAUUAUAAAUGAGAGUCGCAUACCUGUGUCGUUACAUGUACAGACUACCAACGUUACAGUGUGCAUGCAAACCGUACGUGUCAAAUAUGAAUUACAGAAGUUAAGUGUACAUACAAGCUGACAAAUUCGGAUUACAGAAAUUUAAGUGUACAUUCAAACUGACGAUUCCGGAUUAUAUAAAUUCCUAUGUAUACCGUAUACAAGUUGGCGAGUCCGGAUAACAGAAAUUUAAUUGUACAUAAAUGCGGACGAGUCUGGAUUACAGAAGUUCGUAUGUUCAUACAAGCUGACAAAACCGGAUUACAGAAGUUCGUAUGUUCAUACAAGCGGACGAGUCCGGAUUACAGAAGUUCGUACAUGUAUGUUCAUACAAGCUGACAAGUCCGGAUUACAGAUGUUCGUAUGUUCAUACAAGCUGACAAGUCCGGAUUACAGAAGUUCGUAUGUUCAUACAGGAUGACAAGUCUGGAUUUCAGACGUUUGUAUGUUCAUACAAGCUAACAAGUCCGGAUUACAGAAGUUUAAGCGUAAAAAGAAGCUGACGAGUUCAGACUACAUAGAAUAAGGGUAAAUAUAAGCUGACUGUCCGGAUUAUAGAAGUUUAAGUGUACAUACCAGCUGACUAGUCCGGAUUAUAGAAGUUUAAGUGUACAACACGGCGGCAUGAUGACGAGUCCGGAUUACACAAAUUUGUAUGUUCAUACAGGCUGACGAGUCCGUAUUACAGAAGUUUGUAUAUACAUACAAGCUGACGAGUCCGGAUUACAGAGGUUUUAGUGUACAUACUAAAUGACGAGUCCGUAUUACAGAGGUUUAAGUGUACAUACUAAAUGACGAGUCCGUAUUACAGAGGUUUAAGUGUACAUACUAAAUGACGAGUCCGUAUUACAGAGGUUUAAGUGUACAUACAAGCUGACGAGUCCGUAUUACAGAGGUUUAAGUGUACAUACAAGCUGACGAGUCCGUAUUACAGAGGUUUAAGUGUACAUACAGAAAUGUACUAAAUGACGACUCUGGAUUACAGACGUUUGUAUGUACGUACUGUACAAGCUGAUGAGUCCGGAUUAUAGUGAUAGUGUCGGUUUUAGUUUGAAUUGAAGCUAGCAUUUUCUGAUUACAAUAGAUUUGCAACAAAUAAAAAUUAUAAAGUUCA